UCCUCACUGCCGUCUGGUGCUGCACCAUUGAUUGACUGAAAACACUAGAGCAGCACGGCACACACACAUACACACAUACACACACACACACACAUAAAAAAAAUGUCGGAAAGCGGGAGCCAGGAAGCCGCCGUGGCCCCGAACGGCAGCGACAACCCGACGACACGGACACCGAGACCGUCCGUGGGCAACAGAGUGACCGUGGUGCUCGGGGCUCAAUGGGGCGACGAGGGAAAAGGAAAAGUUGUGGAUCUGCUGGCACAAGACGCGGAUAUGGUGUGCAGAUGUCAGGGCGGCAACAACGCGGGACACACGGUGGUGGUCGACUCGGUGGAGUACGACUUUCACCUCCUACCCAGUGGCAUCAUCAACCCCAAGGUCACCGCCUUCAUCGGGAAUGGUGUUGUGAUCCACCUUCCAGGCCUGUUUGAAGAGGCAGCAAAAAAUGAACGGAAAGGAAAAGGCCUGAACGACUGGGAGAAGAGGCUGAUCAUCUCAGACAGAGCACACAUUGUGUUUGACUUCCACCAAGCGGUUGAUGGCGUUCAGGAACAGCAGAGACAAGAGCAAGCAGGCAAGAACCUCGGGACGACGAAGAAGGGGAUCGGCCCGGUGUACUCGGCCAAGGCGGCGCGUAGCGGUCUCAGGAUAUGUGAUUUGCUGGCGGACUUCACUCAGUUCUCUGACAGGUAUAAAGUAUUGGCCCAGCAGUACAAGGCUAUGUACCCCACUCUGGAGAUUGACAUAGAUGGGGAGCUGAUCAAGUUAAAGGACUACGUGGAGCGGGUCAAGCCCAUGGUGAGGGACGGUGUGUACUACAUGUACCAGGCUCUUCACGGUCCUUCUAAGAAAAUCCUGGUGGAAGGAGCCAACGCAGCGCUGCUGGACAUAGACUUUGGGACGUACCCGUUUGUGACGUCGUCCAACUGCACGGUGGGCGGGGUGUGCACGGGCCUCGGCAUGCCGCCCCAGAACGUCGGCGAGGUUUACGGCGUCGUCAAGGCGUACACCACCAGAGUGGGCAUCGGUGCCUUCCCCUCAGAGCAGAGCAACGAUAUCGGGGAGCUGCUUCAGACCCGAGGGAAGGAGGUGGGUGUCACCACGGGCAGGAAGAGGCGAUGUGGUUGGCUGGAUCUGGUGCUCAUCAAAUACGCUCACAUGAUCAAUGGCUUUACCGCUUUAGCUCUCACCAAACUCGACAUACUUGACGUGUUCCCAGAGAUCAAAGUGGGCGUAGCGUACAAAGUUGACGACCAGACUAUACCUCACUUUCCAGCCAAUCAGGAGGUGUUGCAGCGUGUGGAGGUCCAGUACGAGACGCUGCCCGGCUGGAACAGCGACACGUCGGCCGCGAGGAGCUUCGAGGAGCUGCCUGAGAACGCACAGAAAUAUGUCCGCUUCAUUGAGAAGCAAGUGGGAGUGCCUGUGAAGUGGAUCGGAGUGGGAAAGUCCAGGGAGUCCAUGAUCCAGCUGUUCUAGACAGGACGAGGAGACACUCCAGCAAAGACGAUGCAGAGCAGUGAAUCAACUGUACCUUCUUCAGUCCCCCUCCCCAGCCAACACACACACACACACACACACACACACACACAUGCGCACACACAGCCUACCUACCUGUCUCAACUCUCCGACAGAGACCAUCAUGUCUGUUCUUAACGCUUUACUACUGUAACGUCAGAUCAGGUCCAGACUCACAUCAGAUUGGUUCCCAGCAUCGGGAUUUUUAACAGUUUCAAACUCUAACAGCAUUACACAUCCCUCGUUUAGUUGUUGAUAUAAGUGUCUCUGACUAAAACAACGCGCCCGGCGACACCAGCUGCCGUCAGGCCUGAGAGAGAGGGAACGGACUCCACGAACGGCAGAUAGAGGACGGCUGCCUCCAGGAGCUACCCGCGGCUGUUCGGUCAUCAAAAGUCUGAUCAAGUGUAUUUUUUCCGUUAAGCCACGCCGUGAUUUUAAUGCGCUGUGCCACAUAGGUGUAAAUCGGUUUAAAAGUGUUAACCUCAGCACUUUAGAUGCUUUGGACUUCAUCUGCUUCAUGUUUUAUUCUGCCAGGUGCUCGGCACAUCUUGACACCAUAAAGGGAUCCUUUAAGGUUUUUGUCUUUUUUCGUGUGUGUGUGUUUUUGUGAUCUCGUCGUCAGACAGAUGUUUUAUUGCCUUGUCGCUCAUCAGCUUUUAACCUUCUCGUUGCCUGCGGUUGCUUCCACUGAAUGCUGCUACUGAAAGAAAAAAGAAAAGAAAAAAAAAGGUUCUUCCCGCGCUGUUUUAAGAUUUUAACGUUUGCAGACCAGUGCAGAGACUUUAAGUUGGUGAACAUCUCUAUACUCACAUCCUGGUGAUUGAGUUGCACUUUGAGCACAAACUUCUGUUGACGAGGUAGAAAGGCAAAAAUGAAAGAGCUUUAACACGCCUCUUUAAACCCGGGAACGUACCACUCGUAUGUUCUCGACUUUAAUUUUGACGUCUGGAUUUUGGCUGCAGAUGCUUCUACAACUCGAGAGAAGAAAAGGAAAAACAAUCAAAAAUGUGCACGAUUAGAAAUAUUUUAAAUACCGGUCGUCUCGCAGGAACUCAAUACAACAAGUUUGACUUGAAUGUAGCAUUGGAGCAGACUUUGGAAAGCUCCUCCAGAGCUAAAGAGGAAACAUGGAAAAUUACCAGAGCUUCCAUUUAAUAAUCUGCAGACAGUCUGAUUAAUCAGGACCUUUGCCACUAAAGUGAAGGUUCCUGUUUUAAAGUAAUUGUCCUUUAAAUGCACUGUAGAUUCUUAUUCUUUCACAGUGUUUGGUUGUUUUCCUCCGCAGCUACGUGCACUCUGAAUGUAUUUUAUUUGUCAGAAUCAGGAUUUUACGGCGUUUUAUUCAAAAACACGGUUAACGAAUAAACACGAUGGGUGACGGGAAGCGUUCAAUUAAAUUGUAAACACGGAACUUUUGAAAUCAAGAUCUUGUUUGUCAGUAUCGGUUAUAUAGUAUGGUAUGUGAUCCAUCUGUUCUGGUGAACUUAACGUGACUCAUAUGGUCUAAACCUCAGGACAUUCAUUAAAAAUGGGAUUUUUAACAACA